GAUCUGUUGCUCUUGAAGGUUCAAAUCUCAUUAAUUGACUAACUCUUGGAGAGCAAAGAUGCAAGGAGAAAAGCACCUGAUUUAAAUAAUUCUCCAAGGAGUUGAACCAUGAAGCGGAAACAAAAGACAAAACAUCUGGAAGUCACAUACUCUCCCCAAGCUGCAAAGAUAUCAAGAGAAAUAUCAACCUUACAAAAUUGUGCUCCACAAACUGGGCACCCUUUGGAGGAGAAGAUCCUGGUGCCUACUGUGAAAGAGUUAUCUUCUGAAUCAGAAUACUACUCCUGCCUCUCCACUUUGCACAAGCACUCUGCAGCCAGUAAGGGACAGGCAGGACGCUCAAGGAGAGGAAUUGAAGACUUACACAAAUGUGCUCCACCAUCUGGGUACUCUAAGGAGGAACAGACCCGGGUCCACGUGGCAAAUGACACAACCUCUGAAUCACAAUACUACACCUGCUACUCCACUUUGUCCAUGCCCAUUUGCACUGGAAUCCACCAAUUGCAACAAGAAGGCCUUUGUCUUCCAUCCUCAGAGAUGCCCCGACCCCAAGAUCUGGAGGAACACGAGAGCCCUACCCCUUCCCCUUAUCAUCAUAUAUGCUUCCAUUUCCAUUUAGCCAAUGAACCUUGUACCCCAGAAGCACACAGGAGAAAGGAGAGGGAUAUGAAGGUUUACUACAUGCACGUCCACAGAAAAAGAGGGGUGGCUGUCGUAGGGGAUACAGAGGAGGAAUCAGAGACUCCCCCAAAGAAGAGAAAGGUUGAGGAAAUGACGUUUCCAGGGAAGCUCCCUGUGGAAGACAACCUUUCCUAUGUGUCUACAGGGGACCUCCUUACUGAGGGUGAGUCCAGCUGGGACCUGGAAGACCAAGAGGCUGGGGACGAGGCUUCCGGGCUCGCAGAGGGUCAAGCUCUGCUGGAGAGACCCAGGGCCAGAACGCCCGAGUGGCUGGUGGCACCUGAGCAUGGCUUCAAGUGCUUGGGCUGCUGCAGAGUCUUCGCCAGCCUGGAGCUCCUGCAGAAACAUGUGCAGCACGGCCUCGAGGAAGGCUUUAGCUGCCUUGCGUUUCAUCUUGCUUUCGCCUGGCUGAAAAGCAAAAGGAAUACGAGAGACAAGGCAGGGAGGAGGAGAAGGAAGAAAACCAGGAAGAGGUACUCUGACUAUAAGAAGCAAAAAGGUUUUGAGGUGAGGAAUUCUCCACCUAAAUAAAUCGGCUCUAUUAGUCCCUGAAAAAGAGGAAGGGUGCAGCCAUUUUUUUAAUUGGAAAGGCAGUAUAAUACACACAUGAAAGAGUCUAAAAAUCCCAAAACCUAUCCAUGAUGCUGCUGACUUUGUUGGGUCCUUCUCCCCUUGAGCACUGACCAUGCUGUGCACUUCAUUAUAAUGUAAUUUAGAAUCAAAGUCAGAACAGGUAUUUCCCCUUCAGCCAGAAAUAAAGUGUUCAAAUGUUAACCUGG